CCAACCCAGUCUGGAAGCACCUCUUAUUAAUGUUACAAGGAAACUGCUACCUCAGCAAACAAAAGGAAAGAAGAAGACUUAUAAUAAAAAAUGCCAUUUUUUUGAAGAAAAAAAAAUUGUUUUCAGAAAAUAUUAAAGGAAAUUUGGAAAUUUUUCGCAUUUAGAAAAAGCUUUACAGGUAAAUGGAUUUGGCAGGCAGGCUCUGUCAAAAUUCUGAGAUUUGAUCUUCCUUCCUAAGGACUUAGUGUGAAGUGAUUCUGUACUGCUUUUUAAAUUGCUGUUGAUCAGCUUGUGGGUUUUUGGGUUCUAACUUUUCUGGUAUAUUGAAGAUACAUUAUAUUACAUUUUUUAAAGUUAAGUUAUUUUUCUGCCAUUGUAAAUACAAGUAUCAAAAUAUUCUUGCAAAGCAGUUCUCAGUAAACAUUUUCCUCAGCAACCAUAUCUUUUUAUUAAGAGGAUGGAAUGCUAGCAGUUCUUAUAUAGCAUUUUGGACACACUUAUUUUUUGUCAGAAGUCCUGCCUCCACUGAAAAUAUUAACUAGAUAAACUUCUUGUCCUUUUCACGUCGACAUUGGAUCACAUGGUCACCUGCCUCAUGGAAAUGCCUUUUUUAAAACUUAGAUUUGCAGAACUCCACUAUUUUUAUACCUAGCCACCGUUUUAGGAAGAAAAAAAAAGGAAUCAGAACCCUGACCCUCUCCCGGUCACUGGGACAGUGCCCUUCCCGCAUGUAUUGCUGCAGUGCCCAGGACAGUAAAAUGGACUACAAGCGGCGCUUCCUGCUUGGCGGGUCCAAGCAGAAGGUGCAGCAGCACCAGCAGUACCCAGUGCCCGAGCUGGGCCGAGCACUGAGUGCUCCCCUGGCAUCUGCGGCCACCACCACGCCCCUGGGCAGCCUGACCGCUGCAGGCAGCUGCCACCACGCCAUGCCCCACUCCACUCCCAUUGCCGACAUCCAGCAGGGCAUCUCCAAGUACCUGGACGCCCUCAACGUCUUCUGCCGUGCCAGUACUUUCCUCACAGAUCUCUUCAGCACUGUGUUCAGGAACUCUCACUACUCCAAGGCAGCCAUGCAGCUCAAAGAUGUGCAGGAGCACGUCAUGGAAGCAGCCAGUCGGCUGACUUCAGCCAUCAAGCCUGAGAUUGCCAAGAUGCUGAUGGAGCUUAGUGCUGGGGCUGCGAACUUGACGGAUCAGAAGGAAUUCAGUCUCCAGGACAUUGAGGUGUUGGGACGAUGCUUCUUGACAGUGGUGCAGGUCCAUUUCCAGUUUUUGACCCAGGCAUUACAGAAGGUACAGCCCGUGGCUCACUCUUGCUUUGCUGAAGUUGUUGUGCCAGAAAAAAAGAACAGCAGCAGUGGCGGCGGUUUGUCUGGCAUGGGCCACACAUCGGAACUGGAGGAAGCUGUGCGAUCCUGGCGAGGGGCUGCUGAGGCAACAUCUAGACUGAGAGAAAGAGGCUGUGAUGGCCGCCUGGCGGGAAUUGAAGUUCAGCAGCUCUUCUGUUCUCAAAGUGCAGCAAUUCCCGAGCACCAGCUAAAAGAACUGAACAUAAAAAUUGAUAGUGCUCUGCAAGCAUAUAAAAUAGCUCUGGAAAGCUUAGGUCACUGUGAAUAUGCAAUGAAAGCUGGUUUCCACCUGAAUCCAAAGGCAAUAGAAGCCAGUUUGCAGGGCUGCUGCAGCGAGGCAGAGGCCCAGCAGACGGGGCGGAGGCAGACCCCGCCACAGCCCAUGCAGUGUGAGCUUCCCACUGUGCCCGUGCAGAUAGGAUCAAGCUUCCUGAAGGGGGUCUCCUUCAACGAGUCGGCUGCCGACAACCUGAAACUCAAGACGCAUACGAUGUUGCAGCUGAUCAAGGAGGCAGGCUGCUAUAAUGGAAUUACGCCCAGGGACGACUUUCCUGUGACUGAAGUCCUGAACCAGGUGUGCCCAUCCACGUGGCGGGGUGCCUGCAAGACUGCCGUGCAGCUGCUGUUUGGCCAGGCCGGACUGGUGGUAGUUGACACAGCACAGAUCGAAAAUAAAGAAGCCUAUGCCCCCCAAAUCAGUUUAGAAGGCUCCAGAAUUGUGGUUCAAGUCCCAUCCACAUGGUGCCUGAAAGAAGACCCGGCUACCAUGUCCCUGCUGCAGAGAAGCCUAGAUCCCGAGAAGACGCUGGGCCUGGUGGAUGUGCUUUACACUGCGGUGCUGGACCUCACCCGCUGGAGGGCAGGGAGGGAACAAGCUUUACCCUGCAUACAGAUCCAGCUUCAGAGGGAGAUCUGUGAUUUUGGAAAUCAGGCUGACUUGCCUUCUGGGAAUGGGAACAAGUCUUCAGGUGGCCUGCAAAAGACAUUCUCCAAGCUGACCUCCCGGUUCACCAAGAAAGCUUCAUGUCCCAGCUCAAGCAGCAGCACGAGUUAUUCCAUUCCAAAUACCCCUUCCAAAAACAUCUUCAUAGCCGGGUGUUCGGAAGAGAAGGCCAAAAUGCCCACUAAUAUGGAUUCAAGGCUACAAAGCAUUUUGAACAUUGGUAAUUUCCCUAGGACUGCAGACCCUUCACAGUCAGCUCAGAAUUCCAGUAAUCACAUGGCCAAUGGUUUUCUCCUGGAGAGGCGUGACAACUUCCUGCAAGGGGAUGAUGGCAAGGAUGAGAAGGGUAUGAAUUUGCCAACUGAUCAGGAAAUGCAGGAGGUGAUCGAUUUUCUCUCGGGCUUUAACAUGGGCCAGUCACACCAGGGCUCCCCGCUGGUGACACGGCGUAACUCUGCUGCCACAGCCAUGGUGACUGAGCAGAAGGCAGGAGCCAUGCAGCCACAGCAGCCAUCACUGCCAGUGCCCCCACCACCGCGGCCACCCCAGGCCGGGGCGCAUACACCUCUGACACCCCAGCCGGGCCUGGCACCUCAGCAGCAGUCCCCAAAGCAACCGCAGCCCCAGGUCCAGUACUACCAACACCUGCUGCAACCUGUCGGACCUCAGCAGCCCCUGCCCCAGCCCCGGGCCCCUGGGAAAUGGGUACCUGGCUCAUCCCAGCAGCCAGCGCAACCCGUCGGAGCUGGUCUGUCUCCCCUUGGCCAGUGGCCUGGCAUAUCUGAUCUCAGUUCUGACUUGUACAGCUUGGGUCUGGUGAGCAGCUGUUUGGAUGAUGUGAUGUCGGAGGUUUUGGGACAAAAGGCACAGGGACCUAGAAAUAACACCUGGCCAAACCGUGACCAAAGCGAUGGAGUCUUCGGGAUGUUGGGAGAGAUUCUGCCUUUUGAUCCUGCAGUGGGUUCAGAUCCCGAGUUUGUGCGCUAUGUGGCAGGAGUGAGCCAAGCAAUGCAGCAGAAACGGCAAGUCCAACAUGGUCGCCGCCCAGGCAACCCUCGGGGCCACUGGUCACCCAUGGAUGAUGCCCAUCGGACCUGGCCCUUCCCAGAGUUCUUUGCAGAAGGGGAUGGCCUGCACAGCGGCUGGGCGGGGGCUCAGGGAGACUCAGCCAGCUCGAGUGAUGAGACAUCCUCUGCCAACGGAGAUAGCUUGUUCUCCAUGUUUUCAGGGCCUGACCUCGUUGCUGCUGUCAAGCAGAGAAGGAAGCACAGCAGUGGUGACCAGGAGACCAGCACGCCGCCCUCAGCGCCUCUUCUCACCGCAGCGGAGGACGUGAACCAGGAUAACAAAACCAAAACGUGGCCGCCCAAAGCCCCCUGGCAGCACCCUUCCCCGCUGCCCAGCACCCUGCCUGGCCCAAGCACACCACUCUAUGCAGUCGCCAGCCCCGGCAGCCAGUGGAGCGACCCCAUGCAGAUGCUGCAGUCCCCGGUGUGGGCCGCCACCAGUGACUGCAGUGCCGCCUCCUUCGCCUACGUGCAGCCCCCGCCGCAGCCCCCACCCCCACCAGCACACAAGGCAGCCCCCAAGGGCUUCAAGGCCUUCCCUGGGAAGGCUGAGCGCAGACCGGCCUACUUGCCCCAGUACUGACCCCGGGCCUGCCUGCCUGCCCGCCCAGAGCUUUUGGGGCCAGGGGCUCCAGCCCAGGGCUGACUGGCUGGCAACAGCCCCCCAGAGGACCAGUGUACCCCUGUCCCAGGCAGGGAUCCUUGGGGAUGGAGGUGGUUGGCAGCUCCAAGCCUUUAAGGCCUGGCUUCUCAAAACUCUGGAGGCAUCAGACACCUGGAGGGCCAGAUGAAGAUGGAGUUUUCUGACUCUCCUCAGGGAGAUGCCAGGGGAUGUUUGAGUUUAAUAAGCACCUCUGGUGAUUCUGAUGCAGGUGGGCCACUGGCCACACUUUGAGAAACACAGCUCUCAAGUUUGUAGACCCCACUGUGUGUGUUGGGAAGGCGUUGGGGCUGAAGGCUGAGAGCAAAACUGACCAUUCUUCUGAAACCUUCCCUUUCCCUCCUUAACACGUUGAGUGAUGACCACACCAAUCACUGUAUUUUAUAGCUAUUUUUCAUAUAGGUUUUUAGUUAAAAUAUCUCCUGCCUAAAAUGCAUUGAAUAUUUUAAGAUAACAAAUAGAGUGGCUGGAGGUUUUUCAACACUAUAUUUAAGCUUCUAUGAACUGGGCAAAGGAUAGCAUAUUUGUGAUGAGAAGCAAUCACCUGGGUUUUCUGUAGAUGGACAGCCCCUCGCCACCCCCAGCAGCACCCAAGGGGUGUGACCUUUACGGGAUUUACAGAAGCAGGAUCAUAGCACUGAUGGUGCGUGGAGAUGAGCCUGCUGGCUGCUGCCUGUGUGCGGGAUAAAGCUACACCUUCUGCCCUCACAUCUUUCUACACACGGCCAGAGGCUUCGACACAGUUUCCUAGCGUGGGGGUGUGGUCAGGGGGCUGCAAAGAGACACUUGAAAUUGCAGUAACAUUGUGAGCUGGCUCAAGACAAACCAAUUAAGAUGUAGAUAGGAAUUAAUUUAAAAGUUUUUCUUUAAAGAAAAAAAUAAACCACCUCAUUUUCAGUUAACAUGUGCUGUUAAAUAGAUAACAUCCUGUGGAUUUAGGGAUAUUUUUCCAGCCAGAAUGGAUCCAGAAGAAUUGAAUGGUGCUUAAAUUGAGAAAUAAUAAAUAUAUCUAUAUAGACUAGACAUAUCCCACUGUAUA